CGAAAUGUCUGGUUGGGGCCCUUGGUCCACAUGCAACAGUGAUUGUGGGGCUGGAACGAUGGUCAGAGAACGAAAAAUUCUUCGUCUGCCCAGGAAUGGCGGAACACCGUGUCCAGACCAAAUGCAAACUAGGGGAUGCUUCGGUAGUAGUUGUGAUACAAAAUCUAUUGCCAAGGCCAAGAGAGAAAUGGCUCUAAUCUUACCUGGAAAAUUCUCUCAUGCUCGUGUCACGAAUUCCAGUACAGAUAUACGCAAGAACUUGAGGCUGAAGUAUCCGAAAAAUCCCGCCAAAGAUGGGAGUAAAGAGUACUGCGUGACGUUCGAGGUGAACAAAAUCCGCAAGGCUUGCGAAAGUAUCGUUAGAGAUGACGUUUCGAUCCUUCUCGUCAAAGGCGCUCGACUACGCAUAGGUUGCGAAGAUGCAGCUAUGAGGGGUCACUUGGGCUACAGAUGCAAUGGUCACGGUGUCGACGGCAAGCCGACGAGAUUCACUUUUGUCUCUGAUCCUCGAUGUCACGGCCGCUGGACAAGGGUGGACACUGCCGAACAAUGCACUGGUGGAAAGCCAGAUUUUAUUUUUGUUUGAAAGCAUGACGUGGAAGAAAGUUAUCAUGUAAAAUCCCCCCUCUCCCCAUCAUGUAAGUGACGUUAGAUGCGCAUGAUUACUCCAUACGACUCAUCAUCAAAAGCUUUAGAUGAUACAAGCUUGGAACGCUGGUUUAAAACAAAACCAUUCUUUGCAAAAAAAAAAAUGAUAUAUGACUAUGAUUAAUGACUGAGCAAGGUACCAGACUUUUUUUCUACUUGGAGUUUAUAUUCCAGGAUAUAGCGUAUUUUCUUGGCGUUUAUAACUCUGAUAAUCUUGACGAAAGCACCUAACUCUUCAGUUUAUUCCGUUCCAACUAAAAUCGGCAGAAGAAUGCAGACAACUGUUUUUAGCAUUUAAUAUGCCAGAUUUCAAUAUUUAAACACGGCAAUGAAUCUUGAACGAAGUUGGAGAUACUUCUAACAAUUAUCCAAUAUCAUUAUCAAAGUUUAAGGUUUUUAAAGUAUAAAAAUAUGCCUAAGUAGCUAAAUAAAAGCAUUGUGCCUUUUAAAUCAGAAAAAAAUAGAUUAAUUGUAUUUUCUAUAGAAUUUUAAAAGAAGUUUAUAUAUUUUUUUUUACAAGCAACACUGUAGAACAUAAAAAGCACAUUAUUAAUAAAUUAAAACUAAAGUCAUUUUACACUAUUGAAGGUUUUAAGUUUAAAUCUCACUUUUAUAACAGGGAAUGAGGGCAAAGUGAAAUAGUUGAGCUGACUUACUUUUUUCAAAAUGAACAAAUUGGAAAUUUGUUUUAAAAAUUACGGUACAGAAAGAAAGAACAAUGUAUUUUAUAAAACUUGCAAUUGACAAACAUUGUUUUUUAUUUUUGGUAAUAAAUUUGUACCUUCAUAAAAAAGGGAAAAAUGAUCACUCGUUUUUUCAUGGGGCAAAGCGAAAAAUAAAUACUUUUCCAAUAAAAUAGUUUGUUUUUUUUUUUGUUAUUAAAAAUAUUUUUGAUCAAAUGAAUGAAUGAGAAAGGAAAAGAAUGAAUAGUAAUGAUCCGAUAAAGAAAUAAAUGACUAAAAUAUUUAAUAUGCAUAUGAGAAAAAUAAAUAAGUGAAUAAAAUAGUGAAAGAAUGAAUACAUAAGUGAAUUAUUAAACAAUGGAAUGUAAUAAAUUAACAAAUGCAUAGGUAAGUUCUUCAAUAAAUGAUUGAAUUAGUAAAGAAAAAUGAAGUCAAAGGUUGUAAACUCAAUGCAAAUCACACCGAAAAAUAGCCAAAUUCACUCCAUUAAUUUCUCAAAGCUACAGAAGGGGGGUCAAUUGCCCCUCCUGACCCCUCUAAAUGAUGGGCUUGACUAAUUUUACAAAAUAUUUAAAAUAAGAACAAGCUUAAUAUUAAAUAAAUAUUGCACUGAAUUUUAAUAGGUAUCGAUUCAUAUUAAAACUUUAUCAUUUUUUAAUAACAAAAAAAGGGAAAAAAGUUUAUUUACCAUAAAAUUUAACAAUGUAAGUUUCAAUUUUUGAAAAUUGCUUGGAUUAUUACAUGUUUUGACCUUUUGGGAUAACUUUUUCGUAACGGGAAUAGACAAGUGCUACGACAUGGUUAAAAUAUUACCAGAUAGGUGGCACAAAAAAUAGAAAGAGUAAAUAUUCCACCAUUUCACUGCGCCCUACAUUCCCCUAAGUGUGAUAUAUAUUCUCUAAACAUUGCAAUACUGCAUGACUAAAUGCUUUUUCCUUUGCACUAUCUAGUCAGAUAUUUCUGAUUAAAGUAAAACAAAAUUCAUGAAUAUUGGAUUUUCAUACAUUGUUUUAUGCAAAUAAAAAUUGUGUUAUUUUCAACAGAAUGUUAUGAUAAAAAUUUACAACUGCACUUAAGAUUGUGAUACUUAGUCAACUUCUAAAUAUAUUUUUUUAAAUUGCAUUUUAUACUGUAUGCUAUAUAUAUUUUUAUAAAUAUGCUUUUCUAAAAAAAAAGAUUGAUUUAUCAAAUGUUAGCAAACUGCACUAAUAAAAUUCUGCAUUUCAGUUAGAUCAUUUGAAAUAAAUCUUACAUUUAUGACCAGAAUUAUAAUUAAAUACAUUCAAGAAACAAACCCCAAUUUUCAAUGAAAAAAACUUCCUUAUUUCCAACUCAUGAUGGAAAAUCUUAUUAAAGUUUUAAAACUAAAUGUUUCAAAUUUUAAAAUAUAUCCCAAUGAUUUUUUUUUUUGAAGUUAAAACACAAUUAAAUUCAAAUAAAAAUGAAGCUCUUCACAGAAAAUAAAUCUAUGAAUUUCUAUGUUUCCAUAAUAAAAAUACAUUUUUUUUUUUUUUUUUUGUACUUAUAUGUUAUUCAGCAUCAACAUGUAGCAUUUUUAUUUUACAAGUUCUCAUUUU